AUGUGUUUGUGCAACGAAGUCAGGUAACCAAUUACAUGGGAAUUGAGUGGAUGAGGCGCCACUUGGAGAAAAAAGGAAUUAGACUCCACACAUUAAGCUUCAAGGACGCAAACCCGCUGCACAUAGAUGCCACAUUCACCAUCAUAGGCCCAGGGAUGGUAUUGUCAAACCCUGAAAGACCAUGUCACCAGAUUGAAAUGUUUAAGAAUGCUGGGUGGGAUGUGAUCCACCCUCCUAAGCCACUUAUGUCAGAUGAUCAUCCUCUAUGGAUGACUUCUAAAUGGCUGUCCAUGAAUGUGUUGAUGCUUGAUCCCAAGCGUGUUAUGGUGCAAAGUACAGAGACCUCCAUCCGCAAGCUCUUUGAAUCCCUUGGCAUUGAGUGCAUUCCAGUCAACAUUCGCCACGCCAACUCUCUUGGUGGGGGUUUCCAUUGCUGGACUUGUGACAUACGCAGAAAUGGAGAGCUAGAGUCAUAUCUUUAGUGAAAUGACAAUUAAUAUUAUGUAAGAAACAUUUGUUAUUGAUGAUGUUGUAUCCAGCAAAACAGUAAAAGCUAUCUAAUCCAAAUCUCACUGGGGAUGGCUGAGUGUUCAGAAAAGGCAUUUACAUGUCAAGGUUCUAACAUUUUCCAAGUUCAGAAAUCUGAAGAACAUUCUACAAAACUUACUAGCAUCAUUGACCAUAAAACUACAUGUUGGUCAAUAAUGUGAAAAUUAAACUGUAAUUUGAUUCAAAUGAGUGUUAGAAAAAUACAUUAUAGGAUUGAGACUGUUUUGGUCUUGUACGUUUCGUACUUGUACAAUAGUUAACUUGAUAGUAUAAUCCAUUGAUACUUUUCUUGUCCAAAAAGUAUAAACGUGUGUCUGGAAACCUCUCUUAAAACAUUAAUUCACCACCAACCAUAUGGCUAUAAUCAAAUACCAAAUGGUGACAUGUUUGGUGGUGACAUAAAAAUGAACAUGGAAGUGUUCACAUCAGAAUGUUUUUGGAUUAAAUAGGUGACAAUGACUCAUUCUUGUCAAUAGAAACACCAUGCAAGGCCAUUUAUACAAGAAGGUCCUGUGCUUCUACUUAAUUUUGCACGGAUCACUUUAAUUAGAGAGAAGUGAACCCAUUAUUGUCCACUUAAAUAUUUGCCUACCAUCCCAAGGAAUUAUCCAUUACCUGUGAAUUUCAAGACUAGGCCUACCAUUUAUGUGGCAAAAUUCCAACUUCUGUGUGGAGAAUUUGCAAAUGACAGAGUUAUUUCAAAGAUGCAUUCCUGAACAAGAGUUCAUUUAUAUAAUACUGACAAUCUCAAAUUCACCAAAUCAAAUCAUGGGCAAAAUGA